CCCGGCUAGCAGGACAGGUAGCCCCGCAGCACCAAGCUAGCAGGUCACCAGCAGGUCACCAGCCACUAACUAACCAGCACUAACUAACCAGCACUAACUAGUUGUCCCCGGAGCACCAUGGAGCUGUAGAGACUCCCGUACCCGUUGUUUGACAGCUCGUCGCCCGGAUGGAGGCAGCUACAGCCCGGCUCCAGGUGAGCUCCCCCGGCCGCGGACACGGAAUGGCGGAUCUCUGUCUGGCAGCGGCGUGUCUCUGAGGUCCACGCCGGCCCAGAGGACCCGCGGAGCCGCCACAGCGAGCGGGAGGUACCGGUAGAGAGAGGCCGGAGAGGAGGAGGCAGCAGGCGGGAGGAGGUGCACCAGUCCCCGGCUGUGGAGCGAGGCAUGAGGAGGACGCAGAACACGAACAAGAGGAAACUGAGCACCAUGGAGCCGCAGGAGGACCGAGAUGCGAAGGAGUUUGCGCCCCCCCCUCCGCUCCUCUUCAGGAAGAUGAGCAAUCCCGACCUGUCGCCGGCGGCAACCGCUGCUUCGAAAUCCAAACUGUACCGACAGCUCAGCCAGGACGAGAGCCGGGUCCGACGCAGCAGCAUGGCCAUGACCGGUAAGCAGCUGCUGCCUCUGUCCAACAGUCUUCAUGCCGGGGUGAGUCAGCUGGCCUGGCAUGCGCCGGCUGGAGCCUGCGGGGGGGCGGGAGGUGGAGCUCCUGCAGGAGGACUGGAGGCCAACAACCUGGUCCGGAUGAGGAGUCAGACCCUGGGACAGUCUGCUCCGUCCCUCACCGGACUGAAGGAGCUGAGUCUUCCCAGAAGAGGAAGCUUCUGCCGGACCAGCAACAGGAAGAGCCUGAUCGUGACGUCCAGCACCUCCCCCACCCUCCCCCGACCACACUCACCUCUGCAUGGACACACAGGAACCAGCCCACUGGACAGUCCUCGCAACUUCUCCCCCAACACAGCGGGACACUUCUCCUUCGUCCCUGCACGCAGUCACGGACACAGGGCUGACAGGACGGAUGGAAGACGCUGGUCUCUGGCCUCGCUGCCGUCCUCUGGCUAUGGCACCAACACUCCCAGCUCCACUGUCUCGUCCUCCUGUUCAUCUCAGGAGAAGCUGCACCAGCUGCCCUUCCAGCCCACGCCGGACGAGCUGCACUUCCUCACCAAGCACUUCAGCUCGGAGAGCAUCACGGACGAGGACGGACGCCACUCCCCCAUGAGGCCGCGCUCCCGGAGCCUCAGUCCCGGCCGCUCGCCCAUUUCCUUCGACCAUGAGAUCGUGAUGAUGAACCAUGUUUACAAGGAGCGGUUCCCCAAGGCCACGGCUCAGAUGGAGGAGCGCCUGGCGGAGCAGCUCUGCUCCUCGGCCCCGGACAAGGUGCUGGCCGACGGGGUCCUGAGCUUCAUCCACCACCAGCUGCUGGAGCUGUCCAGGGACUGCCUGGAGAAGAGCACCGAAGGUCUCAUCACCUCCCGCUACUUCUACGAGCUGCAGGAGAACCUGGAGAAGCUGCUGCAAGACGCUCACGAGCGCUCGGAGAGUGUGGAGGUCACGUUCGUCACGCAGCUCGUCAGGAAGCUGAUGAUCAUCAUCGCCCGGCCGGCGCGGCUGCUGGAGUGUCUGGAGUUUGACCCGGAGGAGUUCUACCACCUCCUGGAAGCAGCUGAAGGUCAUGCUAAGGAAGGUCAGGGCAUCAAGUCCGACAUCCCCCGGUACAUCAUCAGCCAGCUGGGCCUCACCCGGGACCCCCUGGAGGAAAUGGCCCAGCUGAGCAGCUAUGACAGUGGGAACCCGGAGACCCCCGAGACGGACGUGGACCUGGUGGACAAUCAAGGGAACUCAGUCCCAGCUGCUCCGACUCAGCCCAAAACCAAACCCCCCCGAGAGGAAGACUUUGAGACCAUCAAGCUCAUCAGCAACGGAGCUUAUGGUGCUGUGUUUCUGGUGCGGCACAGAGAGUCCCGGCAGCGAUUCGCCAUGAAGAAGAUCAACAAGCAGAACCUGAUCUUGAGGAACCAGAUCCAGCAGGCCUUCGUGGAGCGGGACAUCCUGACCUUCGCCGAGAACCCGUUCGUGGUCUCCAUGUUCUGCUCGUUCGAGACCAGACGCCACCUGUGCAUGGUGAUGGAGUACGUGGAGGGGGGCGACUGUGCCACGCUGCUGAAGAACAUCGGAGCGCUCCCGGUGGACAUGGCUCGGAUGUACUUCGCCGAAACCGUCCUCGCACUCGAGUAUCUUCACAACUACGGCAUCGUGCACAGAGACCUGAAACCCGACAAUCUUCUCAUCACGUCCAUGGGACACAUCAAGCUCACGGACUUCGGCCUCUCGAAGAUCGGUUUGAUGAGUUUGACCACGAACUUGUACGAAGGACACAUCGAGAAGGACACCAGAGAGUUCCUGGACAAACAGGUGUGCGGGACCCCCGAGUACAUCGCCCCCGAGGUGAUCCUGCGUCAGGGCUACGGGAAGCCGGUGGACUGGUGGGCGAUGGGCGUCAUCCUCUACGAGUUCCUGGUCGGCUGCGCUCCGUUCUUCGGAGACACGCCGGAGGAGCUGUUCGGUCAGGUGAUCAGUGAUGAAAUCAUUUGGCCGGAGGAAGAGGAAGCUCUACCUCAGGAGGCUCAGGAUCUGAUCUGCAAGCUGCUGAGGCAAAACCCACUGGAGAGACUGGGCACAGGAAGUGCCUUCGAGGUGAAGCAGCACUCGUUCUUCACGGAGCUGGACUGGAACAGCCUCCUGAGGCAGAAAGCCGAGUUCAUCCCUCAGCUGGAGUCAGAGGACGACACCAGUUACUUCGACACUCGAUCUGAUCGGUACCACCACCUGGACUCAGAGGAGGAAGACGACACCAACGAUGAAGAACACGUGGAGAUCCGACAGUUCUCCUCCUGCUCGCCGCGCUUCAGCAAGGUCUACAGCAGCAUGGAGCGUCUGUCUCUGCACGAGGAGAAGAGGACGCCUCCUCCCACCAAGCGCAGCCUCAGUGAGGAAGGAGGAGAUCGGAUCGACAGCCUGAGUGGACUGAAGUCCAGAGACCGGUCCUGGCUGGUGGGAUCUCCAGAGAUCCUGCGGAAGCGUUUGUCUGUUUCCGAGUCGUCGCACACGGAGAGCGACUCCAGCCCGCCGCUGACGGUGCGGAGGCGCUGCUGCUCCGCCAUCAUCGAGAUGCCGCGCUUCGCCAUUUCCUCCGAGGAGGAAGGACAAGCUGCAGCAGGAAGUAGGAGGAGUCCCAGCCUCAGCGCCCUGAGGGGUCCGCGGGGGGGGGACGAGCUGCCCCUCGCCAUCCCAGAGCUGCCACUGGAGAGAGAGCUGAGGCUGGACGAGACCCCCACCACCCCGAGCUCCGCCUCCACCGCCCUGAGCUCCGCCUCCACUCAGCUGAGCAAGGCCACGCUCACACCUGGCAGCUCAGGCGACGUGUGUGAACGAGCUAACGGCGCUAACGUCCGAGCAGCUAAAGCCGACAGCGACUCUCCAUCGACUCCGAAAGCCAUCAGCGACCUGGCCGCUCGCCGGGCUCGCCACCGCCUGCUGUCCGGAGACGCCGACAAGCCCACGGCGACUCAGAGCGCCCGGCCGCUCAACAAGGUCAUCAAGUCGGCGUCCGCCACCACGCUGUCGCUCAUGAUCCCGGCAGACCACCACGGAGCCUCCCCAUUGGCCAGCCCCAUGUCCCCCCGCUCGCUGUCGUCCAACCCGUCGUCACGCGACUCCUCGCCGAUCCGGGAUCUGUCCCCGGCCGUGACCAACGUCAAGCCCGCCAUCGUGAUCCACCGAGCGGGGAAGAAGUACGGCUUCACGCUGAGGGCGAUCCGGGUCUACAUGGGCGACUCGGACGUCUACACCGUGCACCACAUGGUCUGGCACGUGGAGGGGAGGGGUCCGGCCCACGACUCGGGCCUGAGGGAGGGCGACCUCAUCACCCACGUGAACGGAGAAGCGGUUCAUGGUCUGGUUCACACCGAGGUGGUGGAGCUCAUCCUGAAGAGCGGCCCCAAAGUUUCCAUCUGUGCCACGCCCUUCGAGAACACGUCCAUCAAAGUGGGACCCGCCCGGAAGACGAGCGGGAAGACCAAGAUGGCGAGACGCAACAAGAAGACCAAGACCAAGGAGGGUCAGGAGAGUAAGAAGAGGACGUCUCUGUUCAGGAAGAUCACCAAGCAGGCGUCUCUGCUGCACACCAGCCGCAGUCUGUCCUCUCUGAACCGCUCCCUGUCCUCGGGGGGGGAGAGCGUCCCCGGCUCGCCCACGCACAACCUGUCCCCACGCAGCCCCACACAGGGCUACAGGUCCACGCCAGACUCCGCCCACUCAGUCGGUGGAAACUCGUCCCAGAGCAGCUCGCCGAGCUCCAGCGUCCCGAACUCGCCGGCGAGCUCGGGUCACAUCCGGCCCAGCUCGCUGCACGGCCUCGCCCCCAAGCUGCAGCGCCAGUACCGCUCGCCACGACGCAAGUCCGCCGGCAACAUCCCUCUCUCCCCUCUGGCUCGCACGCCCUCGCCCACGCCGCAGAGCAGCUCGCCGCAGCGCUCGCCCUCGCCGCUGUCCAGCCACGCCCUGGGACAGUCGUUCCCCGUGAAGCUCCACUCCUCCCCCCCCCUGGUGAGGCAGAUCUCCAGACCCAAGAGCGCCGAGCCGCCGCGCUCGCCGCUCCUCAAGAGGGUGCAGUCUGCCGAGAAGCUGGCGUCCUCCCUCGCCAACUCGCCCUCGUCUCCCUCCGGCGCGGCGGCGGCCGGGGGGGCGGCGGGGGGGAGUCGUAAACACAGUCUGGACAUCUCACACUCAGAGUUCAAGAAGGAGAUUCUGCAGAGAGAGCCGAGUCUUCAGAGUCUUCAGGAGUCGGCCAGCGAGGGACUCGUGUCCUCGGCGGGUCGCGGCGUGGAGACGGGCGUCCUGCAGAAGCACUCGUCCUCCUCGUCCCGGAAGCUGGGACGCCAGGAGGGCGACGGCGGCCUGGUCUCCGGCUCGCUGGGCCUCGCCCCCGGGAAGAGCAAACUGAAGGACAAGCUGUCGGCCAUCAGGCAGGACCGCGCCGAGCGGAGGGAGUCGCUGCAGAAGCAGGACGCCAUCCACGAGGUGGACUCGUCCGAGGACGAGACGGACGAGGGCUCCGAGGACAGCCAGGACGGACGCCGGGGGACGACCUUCACCCCCCCUCCCCUCCUCAGGCCCACCACUGUGAGAACGGGCCCCGGAGGCACGCUGCCCUCCCUCUGCCUCUCGCCCUGCACGCCGCACGCCACCUUCAGCCACACGGGACCCUCGCCGGCGGCCAGGCAGCCCCUCCCCUCGCUGACAGAGACAAGGUCUGGACUGAGAGAGGGAGGCGCGUCCUCCGAGGACGCUCUGAGAACCGAGAGGAAGGUUCUGGAGCCGGGCGCCAUCACUAAACCAGCUCCGGGCCCCCCCCUCCCCUUCUCCACGCCAGGCAGUGCGUUCAUCUCCGUCAGCAGAGACAUGUUCCUCCGACCCGCCACUCCGCCCGAGUCCAGGAGCCUCCGAGCCAGAACCCUGGACAGCCCCAGAACCCCAUCGGCCCCCCCCACUGCAGGCGCCACCGACUGCAGAGCGACCACGAGUGAGACCACGGGCGCCACAGACCAAACCACUGAACCCCCCCGCGCCUCCGGCUCCUCCCCCGGCGUCCCGAAGGAGAGGAAGGAGGCAGACAACCGGAGACUCUGCGCCGCUGUGGCUGCUCCGUCAUCCAGCUCCACCUCCAGUUCAAGUUCUCCGGCUCCGCCCCCUGAGACCGGCGUGGACAAGGUGGCGUCCCAGCUGGCGAUCGUAGCAAAGAGCGUCCUCUGUCCCGUCAAACUGACCACGGCCGCAGACCCGAAGGAGCAGAAACCGUCAGCUGACUCGUUUCCCUCCAAACCGCCUCCUGCUCCUCAGUCGCCAGCGCCACAGCGAGCUGAGCGAGUGGCGUCACUCACGACCCCGGCGCCGCCGACCUGCAAGGACGUCCCCGAGCGCCCGGACACACCCACAUCAGGCUCUGUGAGUCGGGGGAACGCCGCCACGCCUGCACAGCGGGGGGGAGCGGCGAGCCUCCCCGCCGCCGCAGCAGCUGAGCCACAGCGCAAGAGGUUCGAACCCCAGACUGCGACCGCCGCCGCCGCCGCCGCCGCCAUGUCCGCCUGCUCCACGCCACGAGACAAAGCGACCGCCAAGAAGACGUAGCAGCAGAACGCACAGAUCACGUGACUCAGGUUCUCGAACCUCUCGCUGCAUGUCAGGACGAAAACAACCGAAUCAUAAGUUCACCGUGAAACAGAGACUUUGACUUUCACCAUGCGGAGGGGGAGGGGGCGGAGCUUGGUCCCAUGUGGUCGAACCUCUUUCCAUUCCAGACGCUUCGGUUCCUGCGUCUCGACCAAAACACUCGAGGAUUCUCGUCUUUCUCUUUCUUUACGGAGCCGGAGAUCAGGAGCUCGCAGCGUCCUCACUCCCAGUUUCCUGCUGCUGCUUCAUCAACUUCCUGUUCGUCGCUUCCUCCCCUUGGCGUGCUCUCAGCCAGCAGGGGGCGCCCAGCGUACGAUUAGCAAACUGCACAAACGCAUCACAGUUUGUUUAGUGUAGAUCUGCGUCUUUGUUUAGAACCGGCUCCGGUCCCGAGGAUCCGGCUGCAGCUGCUUCCCUCAGUUCAGACUCACAGGCAGUUUACAGAGUUCUGUGUGAUCGUUGGAUCGAGGUUCGACAGACGAGUGCAAACGGAGGCGGAGCCACAGAUCGUAAAGACUGUGUCUGAAUUCUGAAUCUUCACGAACUCCACGUUCACUGCGGCCGGUUCGAUUCCGAGUCGAUUUUCACAUAAUUGGAAAACAAAGACUAAACAGAUGUCAUCCGGCUCAACAUGUGAUCGUUAGCUAAGAUGCUACACGAUCGACUUUUAAAGUUAGUUUAAAUUCUCACAUUUUUCUCAGCGGUUUAUUCGUCCUCGCUCAUUUUUUAUUAAAAAACCGUCGCUUUACGAGUUAAAAGGACAAAACGUCGGCACAGGAACAUUAAUCAUUGAGCUGCAGUUAUUACAUUUCCUCAAAGUAAAGAUUCAGAUUCUAUAAACACGCUGAGGCUUGACCUAGCAUAUUAGCAUUAGCAUGAUUAGGCCCUGGAUAGGCUCCUCCUCUUCACGUCUCUGUCAAGCUAACAAACCUUCAGUUCCCGACACAAAGACACGAGUUUACAUCCUGUGAGUUUCUGGGUUCCGAGCUGCAGCGAAGGAUCGGACUCGUCACUUCCUGCCCCCCCGACAGCCGUUUGUUUUCUAUCUGGACCAAGUCGCUGUCACCAGACUUCACUUUGUGUUGUUGUGAGGGAGACGCUCAUCUGUGCAUGGUUGUGUGUAUAUAUAAGAGUAUUUAUCUGUUGUUCUCCUGUUUUAUACCCUGAGAGUGUGUGUGUGUGUGUGU